AUGUCUUACGAUUCAACGAUAACCUUCACCCUCGACACAAUAUGUCCCUGGACAUAUCUCGGCUUCACACGCCUCCAAAAAGCCCUCGCAAACUGGAUAUCCGCAAACUCCGGCUCCCCGGUGACUUUCACUCUGCGUCUUGCGCCAUACCAACUCUACCCGGACUUCAGCACCGAGGGCGUGAGCAAGUAUGAAUGGUACAAGACGGAGAAAUACAACGACAGCGCGGAGAGAAUGCAGAUGUAUAUCGACUACAUGACUGGGCUGGGGAAAGAUGACAACAUUCCUUUUGACUUCAACAAUGGCAUGAUUGCGAAUACAUUCCAUGCACAUCGCAUUUUACACUACAUACAAGAAACGCACAGCCCCGAAGCCGCCAUCUCCGCUUUACUCUCGUUGUACAAACAGUAUUUUGAAGAAGGUCAACAUCCUUCAUCUCCUUCUACGCUGAUCAAAGCAUGCCUGGCCGCUGGAUUGAGUGAGCAAGAGGCAAAAGAGGUUGUAGAGGGGGAAGAAAUGAAGAAGGAGACAAAGGCGGCGAUUCAAGAGCAGGUGGGGAAUGCGGUGGAUAGUGUGCCGUACGUGGUUGUUGAGGGGCGGAGGAGGGACUUCACGCUCGUUGGAGCGAAGGGGAUAGGGGAGUAUGAGAAGGCUUUGGCACAGGUUGUGAAGGAGGCGACAUGUCCACCAAUGGGUGCGUUCGCAGCCCCGCCUUCCGGUCAGAUUGAGGGUGGCGUUGAGGCUGCGCAACAUCGCGCACAUGAUUUCGCCCACCUCCCAAUUCUCGUCAAGCAUUGCAGCGCGAAGAUGGAUUCUAUUACGAACAACACCCUACCAGCGACAACAUCAAGCACUGUAGGCAUCAAGAGCUUUUACGGACCGGGUACAUGGGCUGCGUGGUGUAUCACGCUUAUCGCCUCGUGGAUCCUGACGCUCCAAGGCAGCUACAAACACAAUCUAAACCACAUUGGCUAUACAUUAUACACGAACUGGGCCGCUAUCAAAAUGUUGCGCCAUUUCGACUGGACGGCCAGCGCGAGCUUCAGGGCUGUCGACUUCACUGGAACCAAUAAUGCAUUGGAGGAGUUGAGCAUCGCCGUAUGUGCUGUAGUUCCAUUAUGUUUUUCUGGCGCAUACAGAAGGAGGAUUCGAAGGAAGUGA